CCGACUGAGAAGAUUCAAAGGGAUUUCUCUUGGGCUCCAAGUAUUUUCUCUCUCUAUAUUCAUCUCUAUCUAUCUCUCUCUUGUUCUUCUUCCGUAUAUAACUUCGCUAAGAGCCUGUCCUUCUUCUUCGUGGAGCAGCUCCCUCUCCGCUUCGAGUUUCAGGAGGAAAGAAAGAAAGAAUACAUUCAUAACAUACCAGCGCCUUCUUUACAUUCCCAAUUUCACCUUUUCCAAUACCCACAGACAAGAACAACAACAAGGUCUUCGAAGUCUUCCGAUUCGACGGUUUCAUAUCAUUUCUCCAAUAUCAGUGGGUUCUUCUUAUUUGUUUGAUUCCUGCAAUCCUUUGGGAGAUAUGAGCUCUCAUGUUCGAUCGGAUAGAAGGGAUAAUCAUAAUAAUAAUAAUAGGGCAAGAAAUACAGGUCAAUCAGCAGCUCGUCAAGAGUGGGUUCCUAGGGGAACAACAACUGCUCCUGCUCCUGCUCCUCCUCCUCCAGCCACCAAUACAACAGUCCAGUUUCCUAUUCCCAUUACUUCAAAUCCAACCGGAAAUGGAUCAUCAGGAGGUCAUGUAGUUAACUCAGACACCCACUUUCCACAACAGCAAAAUCGGUAUAGAGUGAACUUGGGGGGUGGUCAUCAGGGAAGACGGUACAAUCAGAGGAAGGAGAGACCUCAUCAGAAAGUUAAUGAGCAAGAAAAGGUACCCAAGGAUACCAAUUUACCUCUGCUUGUGCAGGAAAUUCAGGAGAAACUUACUAAGGGUGCUGUCGAGUGUAUGAUAUGCUAUGAUAUGGUUGGUAGGUCUGCACCCAUCUGGUCUUGUCAAAGCUGCUAUUCAAUCUUCCAUUUGACCUGUAUUAAGAAAUGGGCGCGGGCUCCUACUUCUGUUGAUUUAUCUGCUGAGAAGAAUCAAGGUUUCAAUUGGCGUUGUCCGGGAUGCCAAUCUGUUCAGUUUACUGUUUCUAAAGACAUUAGAUAUUACUGCUUCUGUGGAAACAGGCAAGAACCUCAAUCUGAUUUGUAUCUUACUCCACAUUCCUGUGGAGAACCGUGUGGUAAGCCACUUGAGAAAGAAGCUCAUGGAGGUGAAGACGAUCAUUGCCCCCAUAUUUGUGUAAUCCAAUGCCAUCCAGGCCCAUGUCCUCCUUGCAAAGCCUUUGCUCCACCUCGCCCGUGCCCGUGUGGGAGAAAGACAAUCACGACAAGAUGCUUCGACAGGAAAUCAGUUCUCACCUGCGGCAAUAAAUGCCAGAAGCUUCUCAGCUGUUUGAGACACAGGUGUGAAAGCAUUUGUCAUGUUGGGGAUUGUGAUCCUUGUGAAGUUGGAAUAAACGCGUCCUGCUUCUGCAAUAAGGUAACCGAGGAGAUUCUCUGCGGAGAUAUGUUUCUCAAGGGAGAACUCCCAUAUGAAAGUGGCGUUUUCUCGUGCAAUUCUUUGUGUGGGAGGAAACUUGGAUGUGGGAAUCACGAUUGCGAUGAAAUUUGCCACCCCGGUUCGUGUGGGACGUGCGCUUUGUUACCUGGAAAUGUAAGUGCGUGUUACUGUGGGAAAACGGCCUUGCAGACGAGUAGAGAAACUUGUUUAGAUCCGAUUCCGACCUGUUCAGAAACCUGUGGAAGAACUCUCAUUUGUGGGAUUCAUCGAUGCGAAGAGACCUGCCAUGCGGGGGAAUGCCCUCCUUGUAAAGUAAUGGUCACUCAGAAAUGCCGAUGCGCGUCCACUUCUCGCAUAACUGAGUGUUUCAGAUUGACUAGUGAUGAGAAAUUCAAAUGCGACAAGCCUUGCCUGCAUAAGAAGGGCUGCGGGAGGCAUCGGUGCAGUGAAAGGUGUUGCCUGCUUUCGAACCCUAGUUUUACUUUGGAAAGGGAUUGGGAUCCGCAUAUGUGUUCGAUGCCGUGUGGGAAGAAGUUAAGAUGCGGGCAGCAUUCUUGCGAAUCGUUAUGCCAUAGUGGUCAUUGCCCGCCUUGUCUUGAAACUAUUUUCACCGAAUUAACUUGCGCUUGCGGAAAAACGGUGAUUCCUCCUCCCCAGCCUUGCGGAACACCUUCGCCGUCGUGCCAGCUAGCAUGCUCGGUUCAACAGCCUUGCGGGCAUGUUUCUAACCAUAGUUGCCAUUUCGGAGACUGCCCGCCUUGUUCGGUUCCAAUCGCAAAGGAGUGCACUGGCGGGCAUGUUGUGCUGAGGAGCAUUCCUUGUGGCUCGAAGGACAUUCGAUGCAAUAAGCUAUGUGGGAAGACCAGACAGUGCGGGCUCCACGCCUGCGCGAGGAGUUGUCAUCCCCCGCCUUGUGAUUCCUCUUGCGGACCGAAUUCGAACUCGAACGUUAAGGCUUCGUGUGGACAGACUUGUGGUGCUCCGAGGAGGGACUGUCGGCAUACAUGUGUUUCUCUUUGCCAUCCUUCUUCUGCAUGCCCCGAUGCUCGGUGCGAGUUCUCCGUCCCGAUUACUUGCGUUUGUGGAAGGAUAACUGUAUCGGUUCCAUGCGAUGCUGGCGGAAGCAAUGGCGGUUAUGGAGGGGACUCUCUUUAUGAAGCGUCGAUAACCCAGAAACUGCCACUGCCACUUCAACCUGUCGAAACGAAUGGGAGACGGGUUCCUUUAGGGCAGAGGAAGCUAGCGUGCGACGAUGAAUGUGCGAAGCUUGGGAAGAAACGGGUUCUUGCUGAUGCGUUUGGUAUUACGCCGCCGAAUCUUGAUGCGCUUCAUUUCGGGGAUAGUUCGGGUAUCUCCGAGGCUAUGUCGGACCUGUUUAGGAGGGAUCCGAAGUGGGUUUUGUCGGUGGAAGAACGGUGCAAGAUUCUUGUCCUUGGUCGCGGGAGAGGUGGAGCUAGCGGCUUGAAAGUUCAUGUAUUUUGUCCUAUGAUAAAGGAGAAGAGAGAUGCUGUGAGGUUGAUUGCGGAGAGGUGGAAGUUAUCGAUUAAUGCUGCUGGGUGGGAACCGAGGCGGUUUAUCGUGGUGCACGUCACUCAGAAGUCGAAGGCUCCGUCUCGAAUUCUCGGUUCGAAAGGUGGUCCUAUACCGACUAUACUUCAUGCACCCGUGUUUGAUCCUCUUACUGACAUGGAUCCUAGGCUUGUCGUUUCGCUGUUUGAUUUGCCGAGUGAUGCUGAUAUUAGCGCGCUGGUUCUGAGAUUUGGCGGGGAGUGUGAACUGGUCUGGUUAAAUGACAAGAAUGCUCUGGCUGUUUUCAGUGAUCCUGCUAGAGCUGCAACUGCUAUGAGAAGGUUGGAUCAAGGAUCGGUUUAUCAUGGAGCCAUUAUGAUGGUUGCCCAAAACGGUGGUGGGGCGUCAUCAACUGCUGGUGCUUGGGGAGGACAGUCGAAGGACGGUUUGAAGAGUGGCGGGGGUUUGUGGAAGAAGGCGGUGGUGCAGGAGUCGGGUUGGAGCAGUGAGGGCGGUUCAUGGAACGGGAAUGGGAAUGCUGAACCAUUGGCAGCAGGUGUAUGGAAAGGGAAGGAGGAGUCGUCAAACUCGAUUCUCGCGACUUCUGUAAACAGGUGGAGUGUUCUUGAAUCAUCUUCUUCUUCCACACAUGUGGUUGGAAAGAGCCAGGUUUCUUCUGACCCUAAACCUGAGAAGAAUGAAGAGAAUGAGGAGAAUGAUAUAUCAAAUGUGGUGGAUGACUGGGAAAAAGCUUAUGAAGAUUGAAGAAAAGAAUUUACUUUUUUUUACUGCAGGUUUGGAUUUGGAUUUGGGUUUGUGUUUAAAAGGAAGAACCCAACUUCAACUCAAUUUAGAAACACACUCUUGGAUAAUUCUUGAGAUUACAAACAAAAAAAAAGAAUGUAUUGCAUGUGUUGUUACAUUACAGUACACUUUGAGCUUCUUUUAUUUUGAAAAAGAACCUUAAAAACAUUAAUAUUGUAGUAGGUUUUAUUACAUUCUGUGCAAACAAACCUGGUUGAUUUUGUGACAGUGUUUGUUUGCUAUCUAUCUCUUUGUUGAAGAGAAUGCUUGAAACUGUAAUUUUGAUCUGUUUGAAAAUGGUUAUAUCUUCUUUUUUUAGAGGUUUUUUACUAA